UUGGCGAUCGGACUGGUAUGUCAAAGAGCUCCAUGGGUACUUGAUGGCUCAAGGCAUGAUAAAUAGCUCCGAGACAGCCCUCUCAGUGUGACUUGUUGUCUCUGAUUCCGCCUUGUUCCCAAGGUCAUACAUGAUUGACAUCCUCUUAAACAUUACCAUUGAAGUUUUGUUUUAAGCCCAUUCAUACGCAGAUAUUACCAUCACAGAUUAUAUCAGCCCGUGGAAGGCCCUCAAGACGGCCUACCAACCAGAGAUAAAGAUUUUUCUGUCUCUAUCGAGCUCAACAUAUCGAUACCCUCAGUUGAAGCUCUCAAAUACAUAACCGAAUACGAUAAGGCUCAGAAACGUGACUUCAGCCUCAAAGUGGAAGAAUGUGGUCAGGUCUUCGCGUGCCGCAUUUCCUUGGCGGGACACGGCCCCGCUCUCCGACUCCGACUCCGACGGUGGACGACCCCCAACAACGGAACCACUUACUGGGCGACUGGACGGAUAUCGAGCAGAAUCGUAUCAUGAAGGAAGGGAAUGAGCGUCAAAACGAGGAUGAAGAAUUGGAUCAAGACUUAGGACCGACGAAAAAAACCAGCCGUCGUGUUCGAUUCGCUGACUUCGAGAAGCCAACAACUCAAAGGCGAUCCUGGAUCCGGACACGAACACGGAGAUGUAGUUGUCUACGUAGUCCAAGUAGCGCAAUUCUCUUCGCUGCUUUAUUACUGUGUCUUGGAGUCGGAUACGUAUAUCGCUGGAAGGUCGAGACCGCAUUGCAUCGGAGCUGGAUCCCUGAUGCUGCCAGCGAACGAUUCAGCCAGAACCCGUUGCCCCCGCCUCCAGAGCAUCUUCAAAUCACCAACUAUACACUCCCUUUACGGACGAGAGGACGAGAUAUUGUAGAUGUCAACGGCCGUCGUUUCAAGUUGGCCUCGGUGAACUGGUAUGGUGCCAGUGAUGAGUUUUUUGUCGCCGGAGGUUUGGAUAUCCAACAUCGCGAUGAUAUUGCAAAGACUAUCAAGAAGCUCGGCUUCAAUAGUGUGAGGCUACCUUAUGCUGAUGAGUUGGUCAUCAAGAAUCCAGUUGUCGAAGAAAAACACCUUCGCGCAAACCCUGACUUGGUCGGUCUGAGGGCACUGGACAUCUUCCAUAUUAUUGUUCAGACGCUGACUAAGUCGGGCAUCGCUGUCAUUGUGAACAACCACAUAACCAGCGCAACCUGGUGUUGCGGUGCUGAUCCUUGUGAUGCUGGCUGGUCGAAUGAUCAUUUGGGCCCCAUCUGUCGCGUGCGGCAGACCGAGGACGAAUGGAUCCAGCACUGGGAGACUAUCAUGCUUCCACACAUCAACAACCCGCUUGUCAUUGGUGUUGAUCUCAGGAAUGAGAUCCGCGGCCUUUGGGGAACCAUGCCGUGGUCGAAGUGGGCGCCAGCUGCUGAAAGAUGCGGCAACCGACUUCUUCAGAUGAAUAGGGACUGGCUUGUCAUAGUCGAGGGCACCGAGUCUUCCAACGAUCUGUCCAAAGUGUGUAAACGUCCUAUCCUGUUGGAUGUUACCCACCGACUAGUAUACUCAGCACACGUGUACGCUUGGUCUGGUUGGGGAAGCUGGGAGGGCCGUUUCCUUCAGCGAGACUACGACUCAUUCGCGAAGACGAUGCACCAUAACUGGGGAUACAUCGUCGAUAAGCAGAUUGCUCCUGUGUGGGUUGGCGAGAUCGGGGCGCCUGUGCAGCCGUCUGUUGGUGACGCCAAUUACUGGCAGCACUUAGUUCGUUUCCUCCAGGAGAAAGAUUCUGAUUUUGGAUACUGGGCGCUGAAUGCCCGGAAGCCGAAGGGGAAUGCAACGGAGAGAUAUGGACUACUACAAGAUGAUUGGAAGACUCCAGUGCUUGAUUACCGGAUGAAGGAUAUGCUCGAGCUCAUGUCGGCUUGAGCGUGAUGAUAUACCUUACGACUAUGAAUAAAAUGAGAAUGUAUUACUGGUUUGGAUUUAAAUGUAGAUUUGGAGGAUAUACCUUUUGUCAGCGAAAUGGAAUCUUGUUAGGACG